AAUAAAAAGUGAGGUCUAACUUACUUCUUAAUGUGCUUAUUUGGACUUUGAAUCGACGCUCCCGACCGCGGUCACUUCGCUAUUUCAACACAACGAGCAGGGAAGACAGAGGAAGCCAGGAUGCCAAAGGUCACAGGUCACACGCAUUCUUUUUUUCAGAACUGGAUUUUAUUGGAAAUAUAAAGAACCUAAACUCUACAAGAGAAAUUUAACGCAGGGAAAAAAUAAUUUCCAUCGCCGACAGCUCGCGACAAUGCUCGUGCUCAGCCAGUCACCACAUUCAAAUCGCGUCAGUUAGGAAUCUGCGACAGCGGUCGUACAAGAGCAACACCAAAGCUGGUGAAGAACGAGAACAUACGUGCCCCUACGACGCUGAGCCGGACUGGAAAAUAUCAGAGCUAUAGUUCGAGAGCGCGCAUGCGCAUCGGUGCGAGAUGCGGCACCUAAAGGUGCACGCGCACGAGAGCGAGCUUGGUCUCGAAGCUGAGAGAAAGCCGGAGUGUGCAGGAACCGAGGUGGGCGGAAUAAGAGCGAGUUCGUGGUGUUGGGAGCUCUGCCACUAUGUAUUACUCGGAUACAGUAUUUGCCCAGGCAAUCUCUUCCCUUCUGACUUUGAUGCCAUAAGUGGACGCAUGCGAGCAAAGAAAAGGCCUCCUAUUUUUGAAGCAUCAAUGGAUACCAACCCUCCUCUAAGAUCAUCAGGAAGACAGGUCAAGAAGAAAACUUUUGAAACUGAGGAAGAGGAAGAGGGUUCUGAAAAGAAAUAUAGGAAGUGUGAAAAAGCUGGCUGUAGUGCAACAUAUCCUGUUUGUUUUGCAAGUGCUGCAGAGAGAUGUGCUAAAAAUGGUUAUACAUCACGCUGGUACCAUUUAUCUUGUGGGGAACAUUUCUGCAAUGAAUGCUUUGAUCAUUGUUACAGAAGCCACAAAGAUGGAUACGAGAAGUAUGCAACUUGGAAAAGAAUUUGGACAAGUAAUGGCAAAAGUGAACCUAGUCUGAAAGCAUUUAUGGCUGACCAACUAGUUCCUUACUGGGUACAGUGUACAAAACCAGAUUGUGCAAAAUGGCGUCAGCUAACAAGGGAUGUCCAGAUGACUACAGCAUCUGCAAAAACAUACCGUUGUGGCAUGAAAACCCACACUGCUGUUAAGAGUGAAAAUUCAGAUCCUUGCUCUUUGUCUGAAGACAUGCGAGUGAGUGAAGUUGGCGAUAGUAAGUGGUAUUCCAUGCUUAUUGUGCCCCCACUGCUGAAGGACAGCCCAGCAGCCCCCUUUCUUGGUGCUUACUACCCAGACUGUGUGGGUAUGAGUCCUUCCUGUAGCAACACGAAUCGUUUCCACAAUGAGUUCUCUAACAUGAAAAUGAUCUCAUCAGAGCACAGCAGAAAGAAUGUGCAGUCACCAGUUGCAGGAAUGAGUCCUUACUUCCAACCAUUCUAUCAGCCCAAUGAAUGUGGAAAGGCCCUUUGUGUGAGACCAGAUGUGAUGGAACUGGAUGAGUUGUAUGAGUUUCCUGAAUAUUCCCGGGAUCCUACAAUGUACUUGGCGUUGAGAAAUCUAAUUUUGGCUCUUUGGCAUAUUAAUUGCAAAGAGGUUCUUACCCCACAAAAGUGUGCAAACCAUAUAGUUGUUCGAGGGCUUGUUCGUAUUCGCUGUGUCCUGGAAGUGGAGAAGAUCUUGUAUUUUGUGACAAGAAAGGGCUUGGUCAACACUGGGGUCUUGGCUGUUAACCCAGAUCAUCCCCUCCUACCCAGUUAUUAUCACAAGAAACAUGUUAUUGUAAUUGGUGCUGGUGCAGCAGGCUUAGCAGCCGCACGACAACUGCAAAAUUUUGGAAUUAAGGUAUUGGUGCUGGAAGCUAGAGACCGGAUUGGUGGACGUGUUUGGGAUGACCACUCUCUUGGUGUGACUGUGGGAAAAGGAGCACAAAUUGUUAAUGGCUGCAUAAACAACCCUAUAGCAUUAAUGUGUGAGCAACUUGGAAGUAAGAUGCACAAACUGGGGGAUAGGUGUGAUCUAAUUGAAGAAGGUGGAAGGGUCGUUGAUCCCACCAUUGACAAAUGCAUUGACUUCCAUUUCAAUGCCAUGCUGGAUGUUGUAGCAGAAUGGAGAAAAGAUAAGAAACAGUUCCAAGAUGUGCCUCUUGGUGAAAAGAUUGAGGAGAUCUACCAAACUUUUAUUCAAGAAUCUGGAGUCCAGUUCAGUGAACUAGAAGCCAAAGUGCUGCAAUUUCAUCUUGGUAAUCUUGAAUAUGCUUGUGGUAGCAACCUACAGCAGGUGUCGGCUCGUUCCUGGGACCACAAUGAGUUUUUUGCCCAGUUUGCAGGUGAUCAUACACUCUUCAUAUCAGGUUACUCUGCCAUCAUCAAUAAACUUGGCGAUGGUCUGGACAUAAGGCUUAAUACUCCAGUGCAGACCAUUAACUUCUCAGGAGAUGAUAUUUGCAUUGGAACAACUAAUGGAAUGUUAUGGACAACUCAGAAGGUCUUGAUUACUGUUCCUCUCGCUCUUCUUCAGAAAAACACUAUUCAGUUUUAUCCAGCUCUAUCUGAACGGAAGCUCAAGGCUAUCAACAGUCUAGGUCAAGGGGUAAUUGAAAAGAUUGCCCUCCAAUUUCCAUACAAAUUUUGGGAGAAAAAAAUUCAAGGAGCUGACUUCUUUGGCCAUAUUCCUCCCAGUUCUAACAAACGAGGACUUUUUGGAGUAUUCUAUGAUAUGGAUCCACAAGGUGAGCAUUGCGUUCUGAUGUCUGUGAUCAGUGGAGAUGCAGUGGCUGUCAUUCAAGAUAUGCAGGAGCAGCAAGUGGCAGAAUUAUGUAUGAGCGUCCUCCGAGAACUUUUUAAAGAAGGGGAAGUUCCAGAUCCAGUCAGAUAUUUUGUUACACACUGGAGCAAAGACCCAUGGGCACAGAUGGCUUACAGCUUUAUAAAGGCAGGGGGAAGUGGUGAGGCUUAUGAUAUAAUCGCUGAAGAUAUACAAGGAAAAGUGUUCUUUGCUGGGGAGGCAACUAAUCGACACUUCCCACAAACUGUUACUGGGGCCUACCUGAGUGGAGUCAGAGAAGCAAGUAAAAUUGCUACAUUGUAAAAGAUGACUUUGUAAUUUAUAACUUAAGCUGCAAGAAGAAAGCUGUACAUAGUAGAGAUUCUGCACUUUAAAAUUAUUGCUGAUUCCUAUGCAGGUCUCAAAUUUUAAAGAUCACGGAGAUAUUCUUUGCAAAGCUGGUGUUUGAGCAAUAUUAUGUACAAAAUGAAUAUUACUUUCAAACUGUCAACAAAGUGGCAAGACCUCACAUUGAAGACAUGGAAAACCAUACCAAUGGAAUACUCCAGUUCCAUUUAUGGAUGGUGUGAGCAAAGCCUCCUUCACACUAAUUUAUUUGAUAAAGUUACUGAGCAGGGUUCACAGUGUUAACAAGUGGUUGCACUUGACAAGAGUCACCAGUUACUUCACAGGAUUUGAACUAUGCCGUUUGUGUUUUGUACAGUUAGCAUCUUUGAUUCUAAUACGUUAAAGUAGUUGCUGCAAAAGCUGACCAAGGAGAGUGGAAAUGACUAGUUAAGGAAACAUUCAAUUUUGGCAGUCUGAAUUCCAGCGAUUAAAAAUCAGUCAUCCAGCAAACACAAUACUAUUUUAAGAUAAAACAAACUCCACUCCUUUACACUUUUAGUUUAGUUAACAAAGCUGGUUUCUUCUGGUAAGGGUUUCUAAUACUUAAAGCACCCACUUAACCUGCUGGGAUAAAUCCUGUUGCUUUGAAAUUGCUGAGCAGCAUCAUCAUGCACCAGAGACACAAGUAGCAUCUCUGGAACAAGUCAAUGUCAAACUGAGAUAAAAUAUAACCUAGUCUCUACCCUAUUUGAAAAGCUAAAAUUUGAGGCAGGCUUGUUUAGAAUGAUACAUGAAUAAUUUCUUUCAUUUAAUAAAACUCCUGUGAUUUGUGCAGCAAGAGUGAUACUGCCUUUUCUACUCUGGGCUAUUUAUUCUAUUGUAAAGUGUAUAUAAUGGAAAAUGCAAGGAUAAUUAUCCUACUUGAACAAGGACAAAGCUCCUGCAUCUUUGAUUUUAUAUAUGGUAAAAUACAGGAUUUUCUGGACCUGUAAUUUUUAAAAAUCCUGUAUAUAACUUGAUGUAAAUAUUUAGUUCCUAAUCACCUGUCUGCAACAAACAAAUUAGUAUGGAGUCAAAUUCUGUUGAACAAUGAGUUAUGCAAGGUCAGCAAGAGUUUUAUUUACCAAGAAAGUGGGCUAAACUAGUCUCAAACUCAUUACUAAGAGCUCAGGUAUUUCACUCUAACAGCUGUCCUCCUAUUCUACUAGUCAAUUAUACAAGACUGAAAUGAUACUAAUACGUGGUGAAAUGUAUCUAAUUUGCAAAAUUCAAGCCAGUUGCAUAAGUACCAAUGAGUUUUUCACAACCACUUCAAAUCAGGGAUCAGUAACACAAGAUACUAAUCUACUGGGAACGCCUAUUAAGUGAUAAUGUUCUAAGUUGUACUAGUUAUUUCUGCAUCUGGUUUUCAAUGUAAAUUGCAUAUCAUUACAUAGCAGAAUAUCAGUGUCUACCUUAAGGACAAAAGGUAGAACUAUAACAUCUGGUCUACCAGUUUCAAUACUAAAAUUCGAUUUGAGAUUUAAGUAAACAAUGAUUGGUUAGUUCAAUUUGUGCUUAAAUCCCAUCUGGAAUACCUUUUGUAUUGUGAUGACAUUUAAGUGUUAAUGCAGCUCAGUUCCUGUUUUGAGCAUUUGUUUCUCAUCAUUUAAAAUGGGCUUGCAAGAUGGAUGUUCUGCUUUUUCCAUUAGAAAGAUUACUUUCUGUAAAGCAUUAAUGAUUUUGAAAUGUCAUUUGUUCAUCAAAAGGUGCUCAAGUAAAAUUAAAACAUGAACUGCCUUUU